UCUUGACAUGGAGGACCUUUGUUGCGCCAUUGAAAAGGAACCUAGGACCUUGAAUGAAGGAGAAUUGAACAAUGCCAGGGAAGCAGCAGCAGUCAUUGUUCAAAAGGAGGCAGCUGAAGCUCUGAAUAUUUUCACCAAGGGUAUGAAACCAGUAGUUUCAAUAAAGGAGAUGGAGAAGGAGGUUGAAAAGAGAAACCAACUUCAUAGGCUUGUUGAGAUUAAGGAGAGUGCUGAAAUCAUUGAAAGAUCAUGUGAUUGUCAAUGCAGCUCCACAAACUUAGAAGACUCUCCUGAUAAAAUUAACACUCCAGAACCACUUACUGCACCAUUUUGAGAGUAUAAUUCUACAUUAUUAGCUUAUUUUCCAGAGACAACAGGUGAAAAUAGCGUGUACAUGAGAAAUGAGAAAAUGUCAUGUGAUAUGAAAUUUCCCAAUAUGUUCUUCA